AUGUUCACUUCUGUGCUGCAAAGCGUCCUCAUAUGUGCAGUUAUCUGGAUAUCGUGGCGUAAAGUGCUGCGGCACUUCGUCAUGAAAUCACCCUUCAAUAAUCUUCCGGGGCCGCCAUCCCAGUCUUUCUGGACAGGAAACAUUGGGCCCUUCGUGAACCGUCAUGGUUGGGACUUCCACCUCGACGUGGCACGAAACUAUGGGCGUGUCGUCAACUUGAAGGGUUUUCUUGGCGAACCGACACUGUAUGUUUACGAUCCGAAGGCGCUGCAUAACAUUGUUGUCAAGGACCAAUACUUUUACGAAGAACCUCGUUCGACCCUCCAGUUCAAUCACCUUCUCUUCGGUCCAGGUUUGCUGGCAACGCUAGGCGAUGUUCAUCGUAAACAGAGGAAGAUUCUGAACCCGGCCUUCUCCGUCGCCCACAUGCGCUACAUGCUCCCCAUCUUCUACAAUAUCGCCAACAUCCCCGUUCUGCAAAUCGCAAUUGCGUCGCGUGUCGCUAAUGGUCCGGGGGAGCUUGACAUCUUGGGGUGGAUGGGCCGCACUGCGCUCGAGCUAGUCGGGCAGGGCGGGCUUGGAUAUUCGUUCGAUCCUCUCAUCGAGGAUGCUUCGGACGAAUUUGGAGACGCGUUGAAAACUAUUUUCCCUGUCACGUUUUCAUUGGGUCUUGUUCGUUAUGCUUUGCCGUACCUUAUGCAGCUGGGGCCAGCGUCUCUCCGCAGGCGUCUUGUCGGGCUGAUUCCGAACAGGCGCGUACAGCGGAUCAAGUCCGCCGUGGACACGCUGGAGAAGAGAUCGCGAGAGAUUUUCGACGCGAAGAAGGCGGCUCUGCUCCAAGGCGACGAAGCGGUCAUGCACCAGAUCGGAGAAGGCAGGGACAUUAUGAGCGUCCUGAUCAAGGCGAAUAUGGCGGCCAAGUCGGAGGAGGACAAGCUCCCGGAGGAUCAGCUAUUGGGACAGAUGGCGAUACUCACCUUCGCGGCGAUGGACACCACCUCCAAUACCCUCGCGCAGAUCUUGCAAUAUAUGGCGCUGCGCCCAGAUGUCCAGGAUAAAUUGCGCACUGAGAUCAUUGAGGCACGCAACGGCGGCGAGCUGUCUUACGACGCGCUGAUGCAGCUGCCCUACUUGGACGCCAUCUGCCGGGAGACCUUGCGGGUUCAUCCAGCGGCCCCCAUCAUAGAGCGAAAAGCCAACAAGGAUAUGAUCCUCCCCCUGUCUGCGCCCAUCAGAGGCGUCAACGGAGAGAUGAUUAAUGAGGUCCCCGUCCCGAAGGGCACCAGAAUCUUCGUUGGCGUCAUGGGGUCGAACUUGAGCAAAGCACUCUGGGGCGAGGAUGCUCUCGAGUGGAAGCCUGAGCGCUGGCUGUCGCCGCUUUCCACUGCUCUGACCGAUGCUCAUAUCCCGGGAGUGUAUUCAAACUUGAUGACGUUUAUGGGCGGCGGAAGAGCGUGCAUUGGCUUCAAGUUCUCAGAGAUGGAAAUGAAGGUUGUCUUGUCCGUCCUCUUACCAUCGUUUACCUUCGACAUAACCGAGAAGCCAAUUGUGUGGAACUUGGCUGGAGUCCGCUAUCCCACUAUAGGCGCAGAGAGCCUCAAGGCGGAGAUGCCGCUGAAAGUGGGGCUGUUCAAGGAGUCCGAUGCUUGA